AUGACGAUCCACCAGCCGUCGAGUAGGAUUUUCUACGAGUUCGAUAAGGUCCUUCUGUUGUGCGAUGGGAAUCCUCUGUUUUUCGGGAAGGGGUUGAGCGUGCUCGGUUAUUUCUCGGGAAUCGAGUUUGCCCCGAAUGUCGCUAUGAAUCUCGCUGACUUCUUGUUGGAUCUUUCAAACGGUGAGUUUUUACUUCUAAGAAUGACAGCAGUCCCGUCUGGUGUUGUUUCGACUGUGGAUUCGGACGAGGAUCGAGCUGAGAUUCAGAAGCCGUUGGUGGCGGCUUAUGCGACGAAUUUAUCGAGUAACGUGAAAUCAGAAACGAAUAAUGUUGCAGAUGAAGGCACUCGGUUGAAUUUCCCACUACAUGAUAAGCAGUCGAGCAUUCGGUGGCCCAACAAUUGGUGGUUACAAUUUUCGGUGCUUUUCAGAAGAGGGAUCAAAGAACGGAGGCACGACUCGUUUUCUAUACUCAAGGUUGUCGAGGUUCUCAUCGUGGCUAUUCUGAGCGGUCGGGCUUUUCUUCUUCUACUCGUCGUUUUGGGGAUACUCUCCAAGGAAAGGUCUUCCGGAAUGUACCGAUUGUCAUCCUACUUCUUGGCUCGGACUCUUGAUGACCUGCCAAUGGAGUUAGUCCUUCCCACGGUAGCCUACAACAUAACCUAUUCGAUGGCGGGCCUCAUGCCCACAAUAGGAUCCUUUUUGUUGGGCCUACUCGUUCUUUUAUACAGUGUGAUGUGCACUCAAAGGCUCGGGCUUGCACUUGGUGCGGUGGUAAUGGACUCGAACUCGGCCAUCACGCUUGGUUCGGUUAUUAUGCUGUCAUCAUUGUUGUCAAGCAGGUACUAUGCUCAGCACGUGCCUAAAUUCGUGAGUUGGAUUAAGUACAUCUCGAUUCCUCAAUAUACGUACAAGUUGCUUUUGGCUUCGCAAUACUCGCCUGGCGAGACAUAUCCUUGUGCCAGUAAUAAGGCUUGUCGAGUCGAGGAUUUUCCGGCUAUAGCAACUGUCGGGUUCGGUGGUGUUGUCAUUUCUAUCAUCCCUAUGGCUGUGUUGCUUGUGGGGUAUCGACUUGUAGCUUAUAUUGCCCUCAUGAGGAUUGNUUUUUAA